AUGCCCGAACUCACCCAAAACAACAACGCCAACGAGGAGAAGCUAAAAGCCGCUCUGUGGUACUCCAUCGGCAAGACCGUCGACGCCGUCGCCCUUGACACCAACAUCAAUGCCACACCACAAUACAUCGCUGGCCUGACAGAGUUGGUUCACGCGAAGAUCAACACGGCCGCUGCAGACAUGGAAGCAUUUGCGAAGCACGCUGAUCGCACGACUAUCAAUAGUAAGGAUGUCCUACUGCUCGCGCGAAGUAAUGAGGCGUUACAGCACAUGCUUGAGGAGAAUGCGGAUACAGUGCGCAAGAGCGAUCGCGCUUCGAAGCGAUGA